AGGUGAUAUUUCACAAUGAGGCGUGCUGCAGCUUUUCUGGCGUUGCUGCUCUGUCUGUACUGGACGAGGGCUCAGGGUGAGAGUGGAGGGGUGACAGUGAAUGAUAUCACUCAGACGGAGAUUCAGUCUGAGAUCCUGGGUGUCAAAUCAACCAGUGAUCAGACCAACAUCACCCCUGACAUCUGGGCUGAGCUGAAGGAGCUGAGAGACAUGGCCAUCGAACACAGUUUGGAGCUGAGGAACAGCAAGAGCAAGAUGGAGAAGCUGGAGCAGGAGAAUACAGCCAUACAGGCCAGACUGACAGCCAGUGAAUACAAGAAUGCAGUGUUGGAGGCCAGAAUGAACGCCAGUGAAAACGAGGUGGAGGAGCUCAAGAUAGAGAGUGCAGAUAUGAUGGCCAGAUUGAAUAUCAGUGAACAUGUGAUGGAGGAGCUCAAGAGAGAGAACACAGAUCUUCUACACAGAGUAACAUCAGUUGAAGAUAAGAACAAAGUGUUGGAAGCCAGAAUGAACACCAGUGAAAACGAGAUGGAGGAGCUCAAGAUAGAGAGUGCAGAUAUGAUGGCCAGAUUGAAAAUCUGUGAAAACGAGGUGGAGGAGCUCAAGAGACAGAAUGCAGACCAACCAAAGGUGGCGUUCUCACUUGGUCUCACUGACAAAGGACAAAUUGGACCCUUCAUUACUGACAUCACACUUAAGUUCAGUAAAGUCAUCACCAACUUUGGUCAGGCCUACAGUCCAUCUACAGGUCUCUUCACAGCCCCAGUCAGAGGAGCCUACUACUUCUCAUUCACUACACUGGAUGGCCGGAGUAACGUAUACAGGCGUGUUUAUCUCUAUCACAAUGACAAUAGAGUGUUGUUCAGUUAUAAUUACAGUGCAAAUACCUCGGAAAGUGUUUCUAAUUCACUGGUUCUUCAGAUGGAAAAGGAGGAUGUGGUCUACAUGGUUUUACCUGGUGGCUGUAGUGUAUAUGAUGAUCGUGAUGAUCAUACUACCUUUAACGGAUUUCUGCUUUUUCCACUGUGAGACUCAAACAUGAGAAUUGAUUUACCCCCAAAUGUUUGGCAUAGUGUAUAAACAAGUCAUACAGUAUUCAUGUGUAUAUGAAAGGAUGCACAUUGUUGCUGUGUUGACUUUGCUCUGCAACAAACUACAUAUGAAAUAAAAGAAUGAAUAUGAGGUUAAA